AUGCCUGGAGACAGGGGAGGGGAAGUGCAUUUAGUAUCUCAUGGUCAUAGCUCCUUAGCCAUUGUUUCCUUAGAGAUGCCAUAUUUUCAUGCCAUCCUCUAACCUGUGUUUUCUCCUUGCCAGGUAAAGAUCGCAUCAUCUUCGUUACCAAGGAAGACCAUGAAGCACCCAGCAACGCUGAGCUCAUUGCAGACGACCCCAAUGACCCCUACGAAGACCAUGGUGAGUGGGCUGUGAAUUCAUGUCAGGGAUGGAGAAGAAUUAUGGAACACUCAUCAGUAGUGUAGUCAUUACAAAGAUACCAAAGAGGUGAAUGAUGAAGUUACAACCAUGUCAAUACAGUGCAUUCGGAAAGUAUUCAGACCCCUUCACUUUUUCCACAUUUUGUUACGUUGCAGCCUUAUUCUAGAAUGGAUUAAAUUUUGAAAAAUCCUCAUAAAAUAGAAAUACCUUAUUUACAUAAGUAUUCAGACCCUUUGCCAUGAGACUCGAAAUUGAGCUCAGGGGCAUUCUGUGUCCAUUGAUCAUCCUUGAGAUGUUUCUACAACUUCAUUGGAGUCCACCUGUGGUAAUUGAUUGGACAUGAUUUGGAAAGGCACACACCUGUCUAUGUGAGGUCCCACAGUUGACAGUGCAUGUCAGAGCAAAAGCCAUGAGGUCGAAGCAAUUGUCCGUAGAGUUCCGAGACAGGAUUGUUUCUAGGCACAAAUCUGGGGAAGGGUAGCAAAAAAUGUCUGCCGCAUUGAAGGUGCCCCAAGAACACAGUGGCCUCCAUCAUUUUUAAAUGGAAGAAGUUUGGAACCAUCAAGACUCUUCCUAGAGUUGGCCACCUGGCCAAACUGAGCAAUCGGGGGGAAAAGGGCCUGAAGUUUGCCAAAAGGCACCUAAAGGACUCUGACCAUGAGAAACAAGAUUCUCUGGGCUGAUGAAACCGAGAUUGAACUCUUUGGCCUGAAUGCCAAGCGUCAUGUCUGGAGAAAACCAGGCCAAAACCAUCCCUAAAGUGAAGCAUGGUGGUUUUUCAGCAGAAGGAACUGGGAGACUAGUCAGGAUCAAGGGAAAGAUGAACGGAGCAAAGUACAGAGAGAUCCUUGAUGAAAACCUGCUCCAGGACCUCAGACUGGGGCGACAGUUCACCUUCCAACAGGACAACGACCGUAAGCACACAGCCAAGACAACACAGGAGUGGCUUCGGGACAAGUCUCUGAAUGUCCUUGAGUGGCCCAGCCAGAGCCCGGACUUGAACCCGAUCGAACAUAUCUGUAGAGACCUGAAAAUAGCUGUUCCGCGACGCUCCCCAUCCAACCUGACAGCGCUUGAGAGGAUCUGCAGAGAAGAAUGAGAGAAACUCCCCAAACACAGGUGUGCCAAGCUUGUAGCGUCAAACCCAAGAAGACUCGAGGCUGUAAUUGCUGCCAAAGGUGCUUCAACAAAGUACUGAGUAAAGGGUCUGAAUACUUAUGUAAAUGUGAUAUUUAUUUAUCAUUUUAUACAUUUGUCAAAAUUUAUAAAAACCUGUUUUUGCUUUCUUAUUAUGGGGUAUUGUGUGUAGGUUGAUGAUUGGGGGGGGGACGAUGUAAUCCAUUUUAGAAUAAGGCUGUAACGUAACAAUGUGGAAAAAGUCAAGGGGUCUGAAUGCUUUCCGAAUACGCUGUACAUGCUAGCAAGGUGGGAAAAAAACUGCCGUUCUACCCUUGAGCAAGGCAGUUAACCCCCAACAGCAAUUGCUCUCCGGGCGCCGAUGACGUUAAGGCAGCUCCCUGCACCUCUCUGAUUCAGAGGGGUUGGGUUAAAUGCGGAAGACACAUUUUGGUUGAAUGCAUUCAGUUGUGCAACUGACUAGGUAUCCCCCUUCCCUUUCCUCUUAUAUUUCUAUUCCUCUAGGCCUGAUCCUGCCUAGUGGAGAGAUCAACUGGAAUUGUCCAUGCCUGGGAGGGAUGGCUAGCGGGCCCUGUGGGACACAGUUCAAGGAGGCCUUCUCCUGCUUCCACUACAGCAAUGAGGAGGUGAAGGGUUCAGAGUGUAUCAACAACUUCCGCGGUAUGCAGGAGUGUAUGCAGAAGUACCCCGAGCUCUACCCCCAGGAGGACGAGAACGAGGGAGCCUCCCCAGGAGGGGCUGACGCUGCUGCCCCUGCGCCCGGAGGACUCAUCCCCAGCACCAGUGCCCUCUAG